AUGGCAAACUGGAUGCGCGAAGCAGGCUUCAUCGUGUCGCAAGAGCCCAGGCCGAUACCUCUGGCAACAUGCGGCUGGCCUCGAAGUUCCGCUCAGCGCGAGAUUGGUGUGGCCAAUAGGGAGAACGUGCGCAGCUUGUUGUCAUCAAUGGCAGCGUACCCGAUGACGGUAUUUCAGGGCAUGGCCUCUGCGGAUUUCGAGCUUUUGGUGGCACAAGCGAGAAACGAGGCCGACAAUCCGAGGUUCAAGGCAUACUUCUCGUUGCCAAAAGCCACGGUAGGCAAGAUUUGCGCGUCCACUGGAAAGGGCCGGUCAGGCGGACGAACAACACAAGACUGUGACGAUUGGGAAUACAUUCCAGAAGUGUACGACUCUAACCCGGUGCUGCCACGCCGUGAGAAGGUACUGGGCAGCGGUCUCCUGGUUGCACUUACCUUUCUUGGCUUGCAACGACUGCGCGUCGCCGUUUCGUUGUGGCUCUGA